CAUCGAUGGUCACCAAAAAGUUCGGCUAUAAAAAGCCCUGAUCGCAGAUGGAGCUAGGUGCAGUCGAUUUUUGGAUUAAUCAGCGCAAUCAUCUAACCAGCAGAAGCAACCAUGAAGUACCUAGCCCUGACCCUUUUCGUGUGCCUGGUGGCCCUUGCUCUGGUGUCUGCAGUGCCCGUGGAUGAGUCCCUGAUCGGGGACAAUAUCUAUCAGCCGGCCUUCGAUGAUGUGCAGCGUCCCCAGGAUCCGCAGGCCAUCUUCAAGCUGAAGAAGCUGCUGAAGCUGAAGAAACUGCUGGGUUAGAAGGCAUUCGGCAGCAGUCCGCUGAGCACCGUUCAGAUUCUAGUCCAACCAAUUGGGAACCUUGCCUCCCCCACUGCAUUCGAUUUUCAACCCGUUUUGUUUAGACAAUACCAUAAGCGCAUA